CACAGUACCAUCAAGAUGGUUAUCCAAAAAUCUAUUCUGUUGUUAGUUUUAGCCUCCCUCGUAGUUGGAGACAAAGAUGUGCCAAUAGUUUCAAUGGAAAGCGACAUAGAACCGGACGGUAAAUUCCAUUUCAGUUACGAAACUGGUGAUGGAACCAAAGCGGAAGCUGUAGGUGACAUCAAACCAAUUGACAAGGAAGAAGCUAUAGAAUCAAUUCAAGGAAGUUAUAGUUACGUAGGUGAUGAUGGUAAAACGUACAGCGUUCAAUAUACAGCUGAUGAAAAUGGGUAUCAGCCUGUGGGUGAGCACAUCCCCAAAGUUCCCGAAAUUAUUCAAAGGGCUUUGGCUUAUUUAGCAACUGCUCCACCUCCAAAAGAUGAAUAAAACUAAAUGAAUGUGUGACUUUUUAUAAAUUUUGAUUGAGAUACGUUUGUCUUGUAAUGUAAAUAAUAUUUUAUAUUUCCUCAUAAUAAAAAUAAGUGACUAAUCCAUA